UUUUUUUUUUUAAUUUUUUAAUUUUUUUGCACACUUAUUAAUAAUGUUGAACAUUGUCCGUACACCUGUUGCUAGACGUGCAGUUUGCCAGACCAGAUGGAAUUCGACCACUACUUCAACAGCACCUGGCGGUGAUACUCGUCUUGAAACUAUUCGUCGUGUCCUUUUCGAGCCAGUCCGCAGAGAAAAGACGAUUACUUUAGAAGGAGAGUUGUUGGAACAACACGAGACUAUUGAACGUGCCUGGAAGCUUCACCGUAUGCGUCAAAGAGAGCAAAGAGAACGUUCUCUUGAACUUCAAUUCAGAGCCAUGAAUGUCGCCAUGAACGAAUUAGAAAAGACCAACGAUAGACUUUUCAAGGGUGCUCUUGUCAAGAGUAGACACAUCACAUAUCCUAAGCAAGCAAAGAUUCCUACAGAAACACCAUCCACACAAGGUUGGGAUUAUGCUUACAAAGCUCCCGAAGCUAUCACUGCUUAAAUAAAAAAAGAUCACUCAUCCCCCUCCACACACACGCACACGCUCACUCACUCACACACACACAUACGCACACACCUUAUUUUGACACACACGCACACGCACAUACUUUUUCUAACAAAGAUCGGAAACAAUACCUUUAAUCCAACUCUCACUUUUGCUUGUAUUUUUUAGAACGCCUUUUUUUUUUUUUUUUUUUUGUAUAUGCAUGGUUGUGGAUUUGGUUGGACAGGAAAAAGUUAUAAAAUAAAUAAUUGUAUUGUAAAUAUUACGUAAACUGGGAAAGAUUUAAAGGACAGAAGGGUCACGCAGCAUGAAAGAGUUUGUCAUUUAUGGCUGUCAAAAAAAAAAAAAAAAAAAAUACUA